CGCGUUGCGUGACUUCGACUCCGGGCUGUCGUAUGGACGAUAUAACUAGCUCAACAAGCUUUCUUGUUGUUAGCCUGCGUUUGCGCCUGCCUGCCUGCCUGCCUGCCUGCCUGUCUGUCUGUCUGUCUGACUGACUGACUGACUAAUACUGGAACCGCUGCUGGUGUCAUUAGCUCUGCUGCGCGAUUACUUUUUUGUGCUCCGGGCCAUCAUCGCACAGCACACGACCCGAUGCGGCGCAGAGCGUAGCGUUUCAGAGAACGAGAAGAAGUCUACGGACAAACCGCGGGGAAGAAGACUGUAUCCGCAGUGAUAUAGAGAAUGGUUGAGUUGUGGCAGAGCAACGGACACUAAUACGGCAAUGGUACUACACGCUACAAAAUACGUCUGUUACACUCUUCUUCCACCUGAUGACUAACUAUCGCCAAUGGAAACAGCAAUUGAUCUAUGGCUGCUUGGUGUUCCGCGUUGAAUUUACGCCCGCUCAAUUUAAACUGCGAGUAUCGCUAAUAACAAAACUAUUACUGCUGCCAGUGGAUACGAUAUCGAACGUCGAACAACAAUAAGGAUUACCGGACCAUGAGUGCCUUUCCGUUUUUACGUCUACUUUUGCAAAAUGAAAGCGGACAGUCUACGUAUCAGAUCAGAAGAGGUGUGAAGUGUCGAACUGAAGGAGUGAAACAGUGCUGAGAUGUUUUUGUAGGUUACCUUCGAGUGAUUCGACUGUCAAUGAACAGCAGUGUCCCGCAGUGUUCGUUUAUGGUGCUGAGUAGAUGUGGACAAAUGUGUCGCAGUAUAUACAAUAUGGCAGUUUAUUCAUACCGGGUAUUGUUGUAAUUGAUCCUUCUUGAACCCAACUGCAAGGAUAGUAGUGUUACUAGCUACAGGUGUUCAAUCUAUUGGGAUAGUCCCAACGUGGUGCCCUAAAGACCGGAUAAAAAAAGCUGGGUGGCUUCAGAUGAUCUAGACAGGUGCCAAUUGCUUCGCUCUCGCUGGUAAACAGAUGGCGUGUGCUAGCAAAUACGCGUAGCUUAUUUUAUAUAUUUUUAGUUACUUGAUUAGAGUCGUUGCUCAUCGAAGCCGGAGUCGACCGGAGUGCGCGAACUCAUUCGCUCGCACGCGUUAACAAGCUUCUCUGUUGUCCGCCCCGCUCAUAUACAAUGGAACUCGAGGCCCUAGUGAGCGGCGGCAGUGGAGUGUCCUCGACAAGCUCGCAAUCGCCCGGCCAUGCGGUGGGCCAAACCCAGCUGCUAUUCACGGAUGAAGACGCGUUCGGUUUUGCCUUCAGCGAUAUCAAGAAGGAAGGCUACGAAAAGCAGUUUUUUGAUUUCGACAAAGACGACUCGUCCUACCAUUCACUGUCAUCUGUGCCUUCCGUUGUGUCGCCGUACACCGCUAGUGGCGGCGGGAGCCAGAUUACCGCUGGUGGGAGUCUCCCAGGAUCUACCGAUCUCUUCGAGUAUGAUCAGCUGAAGGAUGCUGCGGUCGAUUCAUCAACGAACUCGGAUGGAAUCGUUGUCAGUGGCACAGGUGUUAUCACCAGUGACGCCACUGGCGGUCCGGGAGGUGGGGAUGGUAAUGGGGGUAAUGGCAAUUCUGUCGUCGGUGGACUCCCUACCGGGGGAGCCCAUACCGGGCCUACCACAGCUACCGCUAGUUGUAUAGGAGUUGUAUCGCCUAUAGUUAGCACUAACAACGGAGCUGUCCUCGCGCACCAAACCACUAUUAACAGCAGCAGCGGCACCAGCAGCAGCAGCAGCAACAACAACAACAACAACAACAACACCACCAGCAGCAGCAGCAGCAGCAGCAGCUCAGCCGUCACCAGUCCCUGUGGCAGCCCGGCGCUAGCGGCGACUGCGGGAGUUGUUGUCGCUGGCGUUGGCACAACAACAGCAACUGCUGUCGGAACCAUCGUCAAAGCAGCAGAGACGAGUCCCGAUGCAUCAAAUCAGAACAAACCGUUUGUGCCGUGCAAAGUUUGCGGGGACAAGGCAUCCGGAUAUCACUAUGGAGUCACAUCGUGCGAAGGUUGCAAAGGAUUCUUUCGACGGAGUAUCCAGAAACAGAUUGAGUAUCGGUGUUUGAGAGAUGGCAAAUGUCUUGUCAUCAGACUCAACAGAAAUCGGUGCCAAUACUGCCGUUUCAAAAAGUGUCUUGCCGUCGGCAUGUCGAAAGACUCUGUCCGAUACGGCCGAGUGCCAAAGCGGUGUCGGGAAAGACAAGAGGAGGCUCAUGUGAGCUCGUCCGACGACCAAGCUGCAGCUGCCGUGGCCCUUUACGACAUUAUCCUCAGCAUUUCUCAAGCGCAUCUUGCACAUUGUGCUUUUACACACGAAAAAACGCGUUCUUUAAUACGAAAACCUAUAAUAAUGACAAUUCCCGAAGUUAAACUUGAGGGUGGUGGCUCAACUUGUGCCAGUGUCGAAUCUCAACGAGUUGGAUGGUGGCAGCAACUUGCGGCUUUGGUCACUCCUUCGAUCCAGGACGUAGUUGAAUUUGCCAAGCGAAUCCCGGGCUUUCUUGAAUUUGCUCAAGACGAUCAACUAAUCUUGAUCAAGCUCGGUUUCUUUGAGGUGUGGCUUGUGCACGUGGCAAGGAGCGUAUUACCGGACGACGAAGCCUCACGAGGCGCUGUUACGUUUGCAGACGGGACGUACGUCUCGCACGAUCAACUGGACUUCAUCUUUGACCCGGACUUUUCGACAUCGAUGUUUAAUUUCUUCACGUCAUUUAAUGGAUUAAACCUUAACGACACAGAGAUUGGCCUCUUCUGUGCUGUAGCCCUUUUGACCAACGCGUUCUCCGAGCGAUCAAACCUUUACGAUAGCAAAACCGUGGAGCAAUGUCAGGCAAAACUUGUCGAAGCCCUGAAGCUACAAAUGCUCCGAAAUCACCAAGGUGAUCAACAGCUCUUCAACCAAUUGAUUGGCAAGCUACCAGAGCUAAGACAGUUAGGACGGCGGCACGCUGAGCAUCUACAAUGGUUCCGGGCCCGAUGGGAAAGCCUACAAAUGUUACAGCCGCUGUUCGCCGAAAUUUUCGAUAUUCCCACUGCUGCCUCCGGCUAGCGGCAAAUAGAGACGACCUACAGCUGCUGGGACAGCGAUUUACCAACUUUCCGAGCAGGAGGACUGGCUUUGUAGAAGAGGGCAACGCGAUCAAGUUCGAAUAGUUGCAAGUGCAUAUUAGCUAUGCGUCUAUUAUCGUUCUGGCUGCUGUUGCGUUUGCCAGCCGUCAUUUUUAGACGUUGCACUCGUAUCUAUUCCAACUUUCAGUUCACCUCAGUGAAAAUGAAGCUGAGAAGGAUGUCUAACGGCAAACUCUAUGAAGUUGCUGAUCUAUAAUUGAUCCUUUGAGUGCUGGAAAAUUGACUAGUAUAAGCCUUGACUGGUGUACGUUAGCAUGCUGUAUACGAUUUGAUUACGUAUCUUCAACUAGAAAUCCUGCUUAAGUCAGUUGGUAAAAUGUGCUAGCUGAGGUAGGCUUCCUAUUUUCUAACAGUGAUGGUAGGUUACACAUCGUGUCGUCUCUACUCCGCCGUUGUCCUCUGAUAACCGACGAUGGUGUAGUUAUGUGUUUUCCUAUAGUGGUAUAGCUAGCAGGAGGCUGGGAACGAAUGAAGAAGAAAAGCUGGGAAGCAAGCAAGAACCGAGAAGCGCAUUUGAGACUGUUGGUUCUAUGCAUAGACCUACGAUGGGUAGACAUGUUGUUGUUAAAGCGGGGUUCAAAUAUAUAUAUAUAUAUAUAUGAAGUAGGUAAAUGCUAGGAACUCAAUAAGUAGUAGUAAAUUCAACAAAAGCAGAGGACAUACCAGCGACAUCUGUGGUGAAUAUUCGCCAGAGGAACAACAGAAUAGAUACAUAAUUCAUCUGGUCACAUCGUACCACCGAAGCCUACUACGGAGCCGGGCUCACACUGCUGUUGCCAACUAAUUUGUAGGUCAAGCUUUCUACUGUUUGACCUGCUAAGGCCAACUCAGAGUGACCGCGUUAAGUUUUGGUGUAUUUCAUUGGCGGCCUUUUAUUUUUAAUUUCGGGAAAUAGAAUAUUACUAACAGCCUACUUAAGCGGCUACCUAUGUUGUACUUCACUGAAAUACUACGCGUACUGUUUAUAACUGCGUACGCAUUUCUGAUGCUAUAUUGGUGCCAGGAAGUCCUCUGUGAGAUUACUGAAUCUCAUUGGACUACCUUCAAUAAGCUUUUCUCAUUCAUUUGUAUACAUUAACAAUUGCAGCUCUCUCCUGGGCUCGAUUUAGAAAUACGUACAGACAUGCUCGGUAUUAAUAUACGCUAAUUGUGUUAAGGAGCUAUUAAUUAGUUGCGGGUUUUGCUAGCAGCAGGAUCGCAAGGAUAAGGCGUGUUAACCGUUUUGCGACCUUAGCUUUCGAAAUAACUAGGGUUGAUGAGCAUCUAAGUCAAAUGAGCCUGAGAUUAUGACCCCGUACCACUCCAAUCUGAAAGAUUGAACUGAAAUGGUGCAUUAUUUUAUAGGAUAAUUAAGUGUCCUUGAUUUUCUACAUAGCUUGUUAAAAAGACUAUGUCAUACUUUUUAAUUUUGACGAACCUAACCUUUUUCAUUAUGGCAAACGCCUAAUUGGUUAUUGUGCAUCCUUUUAUGGAUGCUUAUCAGGCAGAAUUAUUAUUCUUUAUUUGACUUUCGGAUCUUUUAACAGCAAUGGACAUCCUAGCAUCAAUAUGUCUUAUAUAAUCAUAUUGUAAACAUUAUUGAAUAGAUCAUCAAGAGCCAUAAGUCAUUACGGAAAGCUCCGGGUAAAUUCUAUUAAUCGAGACCUGUUCCCAUGUUCAAUGACCGCGGGUCAAACGACCUCUUCAUUGUACAUAUCAUUUUAUUAUUUGAUAGAAUCAGUAGUCAUAUGAUUAGUAAAUCAUUCAAUCGGUCGCUCAACAAAUGAAGAGAUACUGUGAAAAGUCAAAUUAUAUAUAUAUAUAUAUAUAUAUAUAUAUAUAUAUAUAUAUAUGGCAGGACCUUCAUCAGAUAACGCGUCUAGACAAUCGCUUGAAAACAAAACGUUCAAGGUUAGUGUUAACUGUUGUCGAUGGAAUGAAUCUACCCCCCUUACCUUACCUCCUUUCGUCCCAUAAACAUUCUGUGAUAACCCAUCAUAAGCUAUACUUGUUUCAUACAGAAAAUACAUAUACAUAAACUACCUAAAAUCAAAUAAUCACUGACUGAGCUGAAAGUAGAAACAACGAUUCAUUUAUAAAAAUAUCGAAAAUGUUUAAUUGUGUGCAUUUGUAGAAAUGUCUCAUCAUAGUCUCAUUAAACUAUGUGACAUACACACACACACACGUAACCGACGGACAUGACCUCGUAAAGAACCAGUUUCUAUCAGGCAUGUAAAAAAAGAUUUCAUGUCUUAUGCAUUAAAUUUAUAACACAAGUAAAAAAAAAUCGUAUACUUUUUCAGUCUAAUGGUCGCUUCAUAUUGACGACAUUCAUUAAUGAGUAGAAAAAUGAGUGAGGGCAAAUAAACGGCUUUGCCAGUCGGUACAAAUAGUGCCAGCCGAGCUGGCAUUAGCUACUCAUUAGCCGAUCAGAUAGUUAAAGUUACAUCAGCGCAUAAUGGUAAUUCAACAAUACUAAGUGCAUACAACAACGUGCACUCCCAAGCAGCUGCUAGCGUCAAAGAUAAUUUCUGCACAUUUACUGUUUCGUACUUCGAAGAUUCCGUAAGACGACAGAAUAAAUACUGUAAAACUGCCGUACUGCGAUCCGUCGUAAGCGACCGCAUCGCACUCUAUGUACUUAAGACCAAUAACUUGAUCAGAAAUCGCCUUUCUACAACACAUAAUAAGAAGUUAGAGCAGCUUAACCUUCAAGUUCAUUAAAAUAUUAUAUAUAUACGCUCUCCUUAAUACCGUCCUGUCCGAAGUGUUUAUUACUUAACGCCACUUUUUAACGUUCAGUGAAUGAUCGGAUCUAUUGGCCAACAGCUGAGUUGUAGACGAAUUAACUGAUGCAAAUACGACGCGUUUGCGUAUGUUCGACGCAAUUAUUUAACCAAGCCACACAUAACGGAGUAUGUUAAAGCUUAACAUACAAUUUAACGACACGUAUGCUUCCUUUGCCCGAUUUUGGAUUUGCAUUUUGUUUAGAGGACGCGUUUCCUGGGCUUGCGAUUUUUGUCUAUCGCUCCAAAGCCUUCUGGUUUACUAACUGUGGCGUAUCUGUAUCGUAUCGUAUCACUGCGUACUGUGGCGUGUAUCCGGUAAGGACCCACUCCAUCUUACGUUAAACUUCUCAUAUUAAAAACAUCAGCCCUUUUGUUUGUAAAUACUCGUAAUCAUAGAAAUGACAAUAACUGCACUGUCUACAAUAUAUAGACGUCAACAACCUAUACCGGAGAGGGAGCGAAAAGACUAUAUAAAAAUGUAAUAUGUUUUAUCAACAUACACACAUAUACACAUCUUCAUGUACAUAGUGAAUGCCCUUUUUUUUCUGAAUAUGUAGGAGUCUGAUCUAGUGCGAGAGAUAAAGGCAAACUGAAAGAAAAAGAAGAAGAAAGGCGAAGUAGUGGAGUUGAUGCGUGAAUGCCCGGUUGGUUAAUUAUUCAAUAACGAACACGAACGAGACAUACGAACACAUAAUUAUUAACACAUUGGCAUUGAUAAAUAAUAAUGAAGAAACGUGAGUAGCUGAGAGCCCCUUAAA